AUGGCUGCGCAACAUCUGCCGUACGAUAUAAUUGCAGUCAUUGUCACCCAUCUCAAACGAAUCUUGCAAUCUGAACUGGAGGCAAAACGUCAAUACCCAGAUGUGCGGCUUUCUCCGUACGCAACCAUCUGCAAAUCCUGGAAUGCAGUUGUCGAGCGCGAAACCUUCCGGCUUCUCAACCUCAGCAAUGAAAGAAUGCAAUACGCCGAGAAGGUUUUGCAGCAGAACCCCGCCCGCCUCUCGGCCGUGAAACGUAUCUCGUUCAAAAGUAGAUGUCCGAAGAGCGGCUUCCGCAGGCGAGAUUUGAGCAAGCGACAGCUGAUGGAAAGAGAUGCUUCGUUCUCAAGUGGGCUGCUGAGAUUGUUCCGGUUCCUGCAACGCAUGGAGAAAGGUCACUCAGGCGUCGAGAGAGCUGGAUUUGGAAAUCUCACAUUGGACCUGAAUGUCACUUCGUAUCUUCAAGACCUUGAAGACGAAGAUGUUCAAGUUCUCAAGGAGGCCGAUGCUGCUCUUGAUGAUGAAGAAUCCUACCGCGAUAUCUUGGGUGGAAAGCCAACUUCGUGUCUUAAGUACGACUCUACUCUCCUACGCUAUGUGGGCGAGCCUUUGCCCACACUCCAUUGUGUCCGGAUCUUCAUCUUUCCACAAAAUGGAGAAACUAUGGUUUGGUCGAGUACGUUUACCCUAAUGCUCUCGGUUAUGGAAGGCCUCGAGUACUGUGACAUCGCUUUCGAUGACGGGCAGAUGCUCAACCCCAACACUCGUAUAGGAUAUCGGAAAGCCUUAGGCGAGACGCUCUGCAAAAUCCCCACCACAUGCGAAGAGUUCCACGCCACCUUCGAGCCCGAUGAGUACUUCAUCAUCGUGUCACCUGCAUGCGACCCUCCAUCGUUGGACAUCCUGUCCAUUGGAAUACGCAAUAUGUCCACGCAGUUGGUUCGACUCUCGCUGGACUCGCUGGCCAUAUCGCCCUCGCUAUUUUGGCCAGACGACAACGAGGAUGCCGUGACACCGUACUGGCCCCGCCUCAAGCAUUUUAAGGUCCGCUACGCGCCGAGCCUAGCCUCGGGCGAGUGGUUAGUGCACUUGGAGAAAGAAGACGAGCGCUGCACCCUGCCUCCACACUUAAAGAAAUACAUGCUGGAUCAUACAACGUAUGUAGACCGCCUCGUUCUAGACUGCGAGCGCGCGAACGUGCUCUUCGCCGCCGUAGGGCGGGCCACUCGGAACAUGCCUGCACUGCAAGAAAUGCAGCUUGAGAUGUCCGAUGAGCUGGGGUCUGAGCUUCACUUUACUUACAAGUACGAAAAAGAGCGCAAGGCAUUUGUGGCUUCGUGGCAUAGUGCUCCGAGCGUUUUUGAAGCAAGUCCGGAUGUUUUGGAGGCUUUUGGAAUUCUUGAGGGAAGCUUUAUCGAGAGGCCCAGCCUAUCAACCUCCGCUGAGCAUCGCUCCCCCAAUGUGACAACGCGGGGUUCAAUUUACCAAGGACUUUGCUCUCCCGCUCUAACCCAAUAG